AUGACUGACGUUACGAUUACCUCCAUUUCCUUGACGUCGAUCAUUAUCACGUGUAACCCCGGGUUUGAAAUGGUCAGUUGUGUGGAUGGCGGUGGAAGUGAGGCGGUUACAGUUACAUGCCAAUGUUCAGCGCUAACGGCUCCAGCGAACGGAAGAGUUGACAAAAACUAUGAAACAACACCUCUUGGUGGAACAGCAACUUACUCGUGCGAUGCAGGCUAUACCCUUUCGGACACUGCCACAAGAUACUGCGUGAGUGGCACCGGAUGGGUCGGUUCAGGGCCUACCUGCGACGCGAGCCUAAUUGACUGUGGGUCCCCAUCUGAACCCGAGAACGGCUUUGUGUUUGCUGUGACUACAACAGUGGGGUCAACGGCUCUUUAUAGUUGUGAAAUUGGUAACGAGUUGGUCGGUGACAGUACCCGCACGUGUGGAGCUUCUGGCUGGGGGUAUUCUGAGCCAUUCUGUGAAGCUUGCACUAAUAACGGUGGAGAAUGUCUCACCGUCGCCAAUACGGCAUGCGAUGAAGGAGGGACUGGUGUCUGUGAAUGUAACGCGGGAUAUACUGUCCUUGCAGACAGCAGCGCAUGCACAUAUGGUUUACUACAGGCAAGCUCCAUCUCUGACGGAUGGCUCGAGGUGACGGAUGGCUCGGCAACAGCCACCUCUUUGACUUCGAUCUCUUUCACGUGUGACAACGGGUUUGACCUGGUCGGCACGGCCACCAUUAAUUGUGUGGAUUCGACUGGCUGGGAGACGGGACCCACAUGCCAUGAAUAG